AUUCAAGUCUAUAUCUAUUAUCCUCUCAUCAAACCAUCAACAUCUUGUCAAUCUAUAUCUAUACAACUAUCAUGGCUCAUGGAUCUUCUUCUUGUUCUUUUUCCAAGUGUUGUUUCUUUUACUUGGUUCUUCUGUUCUUCUGGAGUUCAGUUACAAGAUCCGAAAUUCGUCAUGCCAAAGACUCGGGUGGAUUUGAAACAAAAGAGAUUGAUAGAGAGAAAGAACAGUUAUUUCCUUCUAUUCACAGGGUACUCAUUGAAUAUUUUCGCUAUAAACUGACAGAGUUUGACUCGAUUGAUCCCCCAACGACAGCCUUACCAUCUGCUCCAUUAACCAAUCCAGUCACCGCCUCUCCAAUUAAUCCUGCACCAGGGAUUGUCACAGUUCCAGGAACCAACACUGGCGGUGUGUCACCUGUUCCACCAACCAUUACUCCUGCCACAAAUCCAGUAAAUCCACCUGCACCGGUCACAAAUCCUGUAAACUCACCUGUGCCAGUCACUAAUCCUGUAAACUCACCUGUGCCCGUCACUAAUCCUGUAAAUUCACCGACACCUGUCACGAAUCCAGUUACAACUCCAAGUACAAACCCUGGAGGACAGCCUACAGUUAACCCUGGGACUACACCAUCAACGCCAUCUGUAGGAAAUGUUCCAGCAGGUCGAGGAGGACAAAGCUGGUGCAUAGCAAAGAAUGGAGCGUCACAGGCUGCACUGCAGUCGGCUCUUGAUUAUGCAUGUGGGAUCGGGGGAGCUGAUUGUGUCACCAUUCAGCAGGGUUCUAGUUGUUAUGAACCUGUCACACUUCAGAAUCACGCAUCAUAUGCAUUUAACAGUUAUUACCAAAAGAAUCCGUCGCCAACAAGUUGCGAUUUUGGAGGUGUUGCUGCUAUAACCACCACCAAUCCAAGCACAGGUUCGUGUGUCUAUCCAUCAUCAUCAUCGUCGUCGUCAUCAUCAUCAUCUUCUUCCACGCCUGCAACACCGGUAACGCCAGCUACACCAACUACACAAACACCUAACAAUCCAACAUCUCUGCCGACACCUACAACAGUAUCUCCAGGGUCAACUUUUCCAGGGACACAGUCUCCACCACCAGGAGGGUUUAGCUUAGGAAACACUGACCCAACAGGACUAGGAGCUUUUGGUGCAAGCCCUCCGCUUGUGAACAAUGCAUCCGUAUCCAACAUUCUGCGGCCCUUCUUUGGGUGCCUUGUACUUGUAGCAUCCAUUAUCUUUUUCGGUCUGUAGAGAAGGCAUUGCUAUAACAUGAAUUGGGUUCUUGGGCUUCUUUAGCACAAAAUGUUUUAACAUUUUGACAGCUGAUCAAGAUAUGACAGAAUAGAUGGGAUCUCUAGCAUUCUGAUAUAUUGGGUAAUGCUUUUAGACAUAUAUAUAUGGUUAGAUUGAGCAAGAGAGUAUGAUUUAUUAUUUGGUUUGUAUGAUAGAGGUUUUGUAUUAGUAUUAUUUAGUUAUAUUAUAUAUGUGACACCAUAUACUAUUACUCUCAUUCCCUUUACCUAUAGUA